AUGGUACGAAGAACAGAUCCUAAGGAUGACGAAUGGAAAAACGUUCGAGAUGCGAAGAAGAGAAAGCAAAUACAAGACCGAUUAGCACAACGUGCGCGACGACAGCGAUUACGACAAGGUCAACUGGAUACCAGCUCAUCAAUAGUGCGACAACCCCAAACCCAGUACUCCACAUCUCCAAGGGACCAUACAUCACUUGAGACCCCGCUUGAGGACAACCAUAACGCUCUCGCAUUCCUUGAUACUUCAGGCUUACUUUUACCAUCACUCGGUUCCUCCGAUGAUCCACUCAUUGAGGAUCUAAACCCGGAGCCGGGUAUACUUGACCUUGAUCUAACCCACGCACCGUACCCAAAAUCAUACGCCACUCCAUCUCCGCUAAUCCAAAUUUCCACCCCCUACACCGUCUUCUCAGCACUCUACAUAAAUGGCGAUAUCCAAGGCAUCACCUGUGCCAUAUCAUACUCCUCGCGCACACCUAUGCCAAAACCGCAUAUCCCCUUACCUCUGCAUCCGACAGAGCUGCAACAGAUGAUUGUGCAUCCACGGUGGUUUGAUCGGCUACCAUUUCCGCGGAUGCGGGAUAGCUUGAUAAGGCUAAGAGGUGUGCUGGAUGAGGAGGAGCUCUGUAAGGAUUUCUUUACUAUGCCAAGUUUUACUAUUGAGAUGGGGUAUGCGUGUUGGGACCCGAGCGGUUGGAGAAUGGAGAGGGAGUGGGAGAAGAAGUGGGGUUGGCUGAUGGUUUAG